CUUUACAUUGCCAUCAAGCAUCAGAGGAGAGGGGAUCUAAAGGAAGUCCUGUGUUUGUGUGAAAGAGAGAGAGAGAAAUAGAGGGAGCGAGAGAGAGAGAAAAUAGAGAGAGAGAGAAUUAGAGAGAGAGAGAGAGAGUGAGAGAGAGAGAGAAAUAGAGGGAGAGAAAGAGAGAGAGUGAGAAAGAGAGAGAGAGAGAGAGAGAAAAUAGAGAGAGAGAAUUAGAGAGAGAGAGAGAGAGAGAGAGGGGGAGUUGAGAGAGAGAGGUUAGAGAAAUAGAGAGAGAGAGAGAGACAGAGAGAGAGAGAGAGAGAGAGAGAGAGAGAGGGAGAGAGAGAGAGGGAGACAGGGAGUUGAGAGAGAGAGAGAGAGAGAGAGACAGAGAGAGAGAGAGAGAGAGAGAGAGAGAGAGAGGUUAGAGACAGAGAGAGAGGGGAAGGAAACACCACAUAAAGAGACAGAAGAGAGCCCUUCCUGGAACUCUCCAGUCCUCUCUGACUGCCGUCGCUCGCUGAGGGAGAAAGACAGCAGUGUUUUAACGAGGAACAGAGUACCUGGUUGUCAUUCUGCUGAGGCUGAGACAAACAGAGGAGAAGAAGACAUGUCUGGUCAUUUACUAAGGAGAAACUCCAGCAAGGAAGGUCUGCAGAACCUGCUCAGGGUGACGGCCCAGCGCAGUAUUGAGGAUGCUGAGGAGAUAGAGCGGGAACGGAGACGAAGGGCCAGGGAGAGACAGGGAGACCAGGACCCCCACACUGGCCCAGCCAGCACCACCAGCCCCACACCGGACAAUGGGCUCCCGGAGCUAUAUCCAAUGUGUGAGAGUGAGGUGAAGGCUAGUGGCUGCCAGUUGGCUCUGGAGGAGGACGAGGGCUUCAGUGACUGGACCCAGAGGUUGGAGAAACGCAGACAGCGCCACCUGGAGGAACAGGAGUCCUCGGAGGACCAUCAGCCCCAGCAGCAGCAGAAUCAGCCCCAGCAGCAUCAACCCCAGCAGCAUCAACCCCAGCAGCAGCAUCACCCGCAGCAGCAGCAUCAACUCCAGCAGCACCACCCCCAGCAGCAUCAACCCCAGCAGCAGCAGCAGCCCCAGCUGCUCAGGCUAAACAGAGCCUCCCCAAUCAGACCCUGCUUGAAGACACGUCCUGGACCUGGGCCCGAGGAGAGGGAGGAGAAGGAGGUAGAGUGGGAACGAAAAGCCAGCAACAAGACACAAGACACUUCAAGAAGAGUAACAGAUGACAAGGUCGUGGAGAAGAAGAAAUCUGAGCUGAAGAUCUCCUACACCUCUAAAGUCAUGAGACACGUCAACAGCAACGGGGAAGCAGCUGGAGCGGAAGUGACCUCAUACCUAGUUGCAGGGAAACUGUCUCCAAGUCGUAGUGGCAGCUUGGGAGGGCAGAGACAGGAGGAGGUGGAUGGAGAGGUUCCCGGGGGGCAGCUGGAGACAGAGAAGACACCAGGCCAGGGACAGGGCACCCUGGAACAGCUGAGACAGAGACAGCAGGAGGACCAGGAGGAGAUGGAGGAGUUGAACCGCAGGGUAGAGGAGAAACGCAGAGCCAGGGAGGAGGAGGAGCACCAGAGAGAGAAAGAGGAGCAGCACAGGCAGGAGCAGGAGGAGGAGGAGAGGAAGAGGGUGAAAGAUGGGAUAGAGAGUAGGAGGAUGGCGGCUUCAGAGAGAAGGAUGAAGAACCUCAGUAUUUCCAGCAUUGAGGGAGACGAGUCCUUCAGCCCCUUCAGUCCCAUGAGCCCCACCUUCAAGAAUGACACCGAGGAGAGGAUGACGUCUGAGAAUACCUGCACGAUCAACGACAGGACUGAGUCUCUGAACCGCUCUCUGCAGAAAAGUAACAGCAUCAAGAAGACCCAGCCUCCCAUCCCCAUCUCCAAGAUCGACAACAGGCUGGAACAGUACACUCAUGCCAUAGAGACGUCCUCUAUGGAAGCCAAGGCAGCCAGGCAGCAGGCUCUGACGGACCUGCCCAGCCCCACUGAGCCUGUGGCCUCCAAGAAGAAUCUGUUUGAGGCCGGGGAAGCUUGGAGCCAGCCGCCCAGGGAAACACCUUCCAAGGAUACAGAGGGUCUGAAUGUAGGCGUGGCCGACCUCAUCCACCAAUGGGUGAAAGGGAACCCAGACGGAAGCUGCAAAAGCCCCUCCAAGCCAGCAGAGGUGAAGGCUGGUGAUGUUCUGAGCAAGAAGAACCUCUGGGAGAAUCUAGGAGACUCUUCCCCGUCUGGGAGAGCAGGGAAGGGAGCUUCCUCUGGUAAAAAGUACAAAUUUGUGAUGAUGGCUCACGGCAAGUAUGAGAAGGUUGCCGUCGGUGAUGAUGAUUACAACGAGCACACAAACGGGAAAUCAACUGGACAAUGCCUUGAGGAAUUGUGAAGAACAGACGUUGGACUGUGAUUAUUUCGACGAUCACUUCACAUCAUAUUUAUCAUUCAUUUCAUUUAGCCGACAUUUGUCUCUUAAAAACUAUGUUUAGAUCAACAUGUCUGAAGCAUAUGCAGUAUGUUAUGUGUACCAGUUGAUUUUCUCUAUAGCAACACACUGCCAACCUGGUAUAAAAUGAUUCACAAACGGUCAAAAAUAUACAAUUAUGCAAAAAUAUUCAUGUUUGUACUCGUUUAUUUUGGACAAUCUUAUCCAUGAUGUAUUUUAGUGAAUAAUGUGUUUUCGUUUUACUAUUUGUUAACUUUAAUUUUUAAAAAAUGUAAUAAAGUAAAUGAAUGAGGUAAA